CCGCCCGGCGGACGCGGCCGCGACAGAAAAUGGCGGCGGCGGCGGGGAGUCGCGCGUCGUCGUCGGGACUCGCGGGCGCAGAGGCGAGCGGAGGGUCCCUGCAGUCGGGCGGGGGCCGCGAGCGGGCGGACUGGCGGCGGCGGCAGCUGCGCAAAGUGCGGAGCGUGGAGCUGGACCCGCCGCCCGCGCCGCCGUCCGCGUCCCGGUCCCCGUCCCCGUCGCCCGAGCCCGCGGGCGGCAGCGCCGCGCAGCCGGUGCUGGAACCGCCGCCCCCCGGAGCCGCGAGCCGCGCCGGCGCCCACGUCCCGGAGCCCGGGGACCGCGGCGACCCGAGCCGUGCGGGGACGGAGCCCGCGGAGCCGCCUCCUGCAGCCGCCGGCCUCGAGAUGGAGAGCAGGGAGACGCCGCGGGGCCUGCCCCGGAUGGACGACCGGCCCGAGGAGCGGCUGAUCCGUGAGAAGCUCAAGGCUACCUGCAUGCCCGCCUGGCGGCACGAGUGGCUGGAGAAGAGGGGCCGCCGGGGCCCAGUGGUGGUGAAGCCCAUCCCAGUCAAGGGAGAUGGACCCGAGGUCGGCGCCUGCGCAGCCGAGUCGCAAGGAGAGGGCCAGACCAGCCCCGCGUCCCCGGCUCCCAAAGGCCGCCGCAGCCCGUCCCCCGGCGGCUCGCCUUCGGGGCGCACGGCGAAGCCGGAGUCCCCCGGUGUGCGGAGGAAGAGGGCCUCCCCAGUGCCGUUCCAGAGCGGGAGGACCACGCCCCCGAGGAGAGCCCCUUCCCCGGACGGCUUCUCCCCAUACAGCCCCGAGGAGACCGGCCGCCGGGUCAACAAGGUGAUGCGAGCCCGGCUCUACCUGCUGCAGCAGAUCGGGCCCAACUCCUUCCUGGUGGGCGGUGACAGCCCCGACAACAAGUACCGGGUGUUCAUCGGGCCGCAGAACUGCAGCUGCGGGCGCGGGGCCUUCUGCAUCCACCUGCUCUUCGUGAUGCUCCGGGUGUUCCAGCUGGAGCCCUCGGACCCCCUGCUGUGGAGGAAGACCCUGAAGAACUUCGAGGUGGAGAGCCUGUUCCAGAAGUACCACAGCCGGCGCAGCUCGAGGAUCAAAGCCCCGUCCCGCAGCACCAUCCAGAAGUUCGUGUCCCGCAUGUCACACUCGCACCCGGCGUCCUCCCCGAGCACGUCCGCAUCGAGCUCGGAGAACAGCGUGAAGGACGAGGAGGAGCAGCUGUGCCCGAUCUGCCUGCUGGGCAUGCUGGACGAGGAGAGCCUGACCGUGUGCGAGGACGGCUGCCGGAACAAGCUGCACCACCACUGCAUGUCCAUCUGGGCCGAGGAGUGCCGGAGGAACCGGGAGCCUCUGAUCUGCCCGCUCUGCAGGUCCAAGUGGAGGUCCCACGACUUCUACAGUCACGAGCUGUCCAGCCCUGCCGACGCCCCAUCCUCUCUGCGGGCUGCCCAGCCGCUGCGCCGGACUCCAGAGAGCGGCUUCCACCUGACCCACUUCGGGGCCCAGCAGGUCCCUCCGGCGCACAAGGACCUAGCCGAGCCCUGGGUCCAGGUGUUCGGGACGGAACUCGUCGGCUGCCUGUUCUCCAGGAACUGGAGCAUCCGGGAGAUGGCCCUCCGGCGCCUCUCCCACGACGUCAGCGGGGCGCUGCUGCUGGCCCACGGGGAGAGCGCCGGUCACUCCGGGGGUGGAGGCAGCCCCAGCGCCGCCCCAGGGCCCCCCGCGCCCAGCACCCCGGCAGAUGUGGUGGGGGCCUGCUGCAGCGUCCUGUCCAUGGUGUGUGCGGACCCCGUGUACAAAGUGUACGUUGCGGCUUUAAAAACGCUGCGGGCCAUGCUGGUGUACACGCCGUGCCACAGCCUGGCGGAGAGGCUCCGGCUGCAGCGGCUCCUGCGGCCCGUGGUGGACACCAUCCUGGUCAAGUGUGCGGACUCCAACAGCCGCACUAGCCAGCUGUCCAUCUCGACGCUGCUGGAGCUCUGCAAGGGCCAAGCAGGGGAGUUGGCGGUUGGCAGAGAAAUACUCAAAGCUGGGUCCAUUGGCGUCGGCGGUGUUGACUUUGUCGUGAGUUGUAUUCUUGGGAACCAAACGGAACUGAACAGCUGGCAAGAGCUCCUGGGCCGCCUCUGCCUGAUCGACAGACUGCUGCUGGAGUUUCCUGCUGAGUUCUACCCCCACAUCGUCAGCUCUGACGCUUCCCAAGCUGAGCCUGUUGAAGUCAGGUACAAGAAGCUGCUGUCGCUCCUGAGCUUCGCGCUGCAGUCCAUCGACAACCCCCACGCCAUGGUGGGCAAGCUCUCCCGUAGGGUCUACCUGAGCUCCGCGCGGAUGGUCGCCGCUGUGCCCCGGGUGUUCUCCAGGCUGCUGGAGAUGCUGAGCGCGUCCGGCUCCGCCCACUUUGCCAGGAUGCGCCGCCGGUUGAUGGCCAUCGCGGAGGAGGUGGACAUUGCCGAGGCCCUGCAGCUGGGCAGUGAGGACGCUUUGGACAGUCGACAGGGUGGCCUCCUGCGGGUAUCGGGCCGUGACAGCCCCCCGGGAGCCACGGAGCACAGCCCCGCCGAGCACACGGACCCCACGGGGAGAACUGGGAGGGGCCUGCGGGCUUCGAGGCUGAGUGCCAGCUCCGAGGACGUUUCCGACAGGCUGGCCGGCCUUUCCAUGGGGCUUUCGGGCUCGGCCACGACAGAGCAGCCAAAGCCCGCCAUGCAGACCAAGGGCAGACCCCUCAGCCAGUGUCUAAGCUCGUCCCCCCUCUCCCUCCACUCCCCCUUCGCGCCCCCAGCCCUGUCAGCCCCGUCCUCCUCUGCCCCGGCCGUGCCCGACGGCUCCAGGCCCAGACCUCAGGGGUUCGCUCCCUGCAAAGCUCCUUCUGCAUCCCCCCAGACGCAGCGCAAGUUUUCCCUGCAGCUCCAGAGAAACUGCUCUGAAGACAGAGACUCGGACAAGCUCUCCCCAGUCUUCACUCAGUGCGGGCCCCCGCCCUCCAGCUCCAUCCACAGGCCAAAGCCAGCUCGGCCGCCCCCUGGCAGUUCUGGUAAACAGGGCGACGCUGCCCAGCACAGCCUGACCCUCGACCUGGACGGCCCGUGCGGGGGUGACGGCAGCUUCGGCAGCAGCAGUCACGCCGUCAUCCCCAGCGACCAGACAGUGUUCACCCCCGUGGAGGACAAGGGCAGGCUGGAUGUCAACGCGGAGCUCAACUCCAGCAUCGAGGAUCUCCUGGAGGCGUCCAUGCCCUCGAGUGACACCACAGUCACUUUCAAGUCGGAGGUGGCCGUCCUCUCCCCUGAAAAGGACGAGAGCGACAACACCUACAAAGACGACGUGACCCACAACCAGAAGUGCAAGGAGAAGCUGGAGGCCGAGGAGGAGGCGGCCUUGGCCAUGGCCAUGGCCAUGUCGGCGUCGCAGGACGCGCUCCCCGCCGUGCCGCAGCUGCAGGUGGGGGGCGGGGAGGACGUCAUCAUCAUCCAGCAGGACACGCCGGAGACCCUGCCGGGGCACACCACGGCGAAGCUGCCCUACCGGGAAGACGUGGAGUGGUUGAAGGGCCAGCAGAUAGGCCUGGGGGCCUUUUCGUCUUGCUACCAGGCCCAGGACGUGGGGACCGGCACCCUGAUGGCUGUGAAACAGGUGACGUACGUCAGAAACACGUCGUCGGAGCAGGAGGAGGUGGUGGAGGCGCUGAGGGAAGAGAUACGGAUGAUGAGCCAUCUGAGCCACCCCAACGUCAUCAGGAUGCUGGGGGCGACGUGCGAGAAGAGCAACUACAACCUCUUCAUCGAGUGGAUGGCAGGGGGGUCUGUGGCUCAUUUGCUCAGUAAAUACGGAGCCUUCAAGGAGUCAGUAGUGAUUAACUACACUGAACAGUUACUCCGUGGCCUCUCGUAUCUCCACGAAAACCAGAUCAUUCACAGAGAUGUUAAAGGUGCCAACUUGCUGAUCGACAGCACGGGUCAGAGGCUGAGGAUCGCCGAUUUCGGGGCUGCGGCCAGGCUGGCGUCAAAGGGGACUGGCGCGGGGGAGUUCCAGGGGCAGCUGCUGGGGACCAUUGCCUUCAUGGCACCAGAGGUGCUGCGAGGCCAGCAGUACGGGCGGAGCUGCGACGUGUGGAGCGUGGGCUGCGCCAUCAUCGAGAUGGCCUGCGCCAAGCCCCCGUGGAACGCGGAGAAGCACUCCAACCACCUGGCGCUGAUCUUCAAGAUCGCGAGUGCGACCACGGCGCCCGCCAUCCCGCCCCACCUGUCUCCCGGGUUGCGGGACGUGGCUCUGCGCUGCUUAGAGCUCCAGCCUCAGGACCGACCUCCGUCGAGGGAGCUGCUGAAGCACCCCGUCUUCCGCACGGCCUGGUAGCCUGCCGAGAGCUGCGGUGGAGUCGGGACGCCCGCCGAGGCAACCUCCGUGGGCGGCCACGCGGGCAACCUGCUGGCCGUGCGGCCGCUGAACCGCCGCGAGCGGCCCGGCGGGGAAGCCCGUACCUAAGCACGUGAUCGACAAAUCAUGGUCUGCGCCUGCGCCUGCGCCCGCGCCCCGCCCGCGGCGCCCACACCCUGCGCCUGCGCAGGACCGCGAACUGUGCCUUUCCGGGAGACGCGGCCCGGGCGGAGCCUGGUGGGCGCUGUCGUCCCGCCCCGUGUCGGAGCGCCUUCCCGCCGCGCUGGCCGAGGGGGCGCUCGGGUCCGUCCUCCUCCGGUUUCCGUUUCUCUCCCGCGCCCCGUGGUGCCGCCGCGGGGUUCUGACGCCCGUCCCGUCCCGUCCCGUCCCGUCCCCGUCCCCGGCGAAACCAAUCGGUGUCUGCCUCGCCUAGGUCAGCAUAUGCUGUGAGUAGCCGUGAAAAGCCGCAUUUUUUAACGUCGUAACUUCUUCAUGAGCCACAGUUGACCUUUAUUUUUUAAAGCCUGGGUAGUUGUGGUUCUUGUGCAUUUUACUGUGGGCCCAGUUAUUUCACUUUCGGAAAUUAUGGUUCUGUAUUUUCAUUUCACCUUCAUUUUUGUUUAAUGUUCAGGGAAAGGUGAUCUUUUCAAACCAGAAGAAAAUAGAACUAGGUGUGAACUAGCAUUUACUGAAUAUCUUGCUGUGGCAAGAGUUUUUUAAUACGGAAUUUCAUUCGUUUUUAACAUUGGGAUUUCCACUACCUUCAUUUGCGUCCGUCACUGCUCUCCUCAUGCUGCAUGUAAGUGAAAAGCGACUGUCCGCUCGGUGCAGCUCGCAGCCGAGAUCAGGGUCACCUUGAAGCCUGUGGGCGUCUGGGGUGCGCUGGUCUGGCUCGUAGGCCGCGCCCCAGCAGUUAGUCUCCCCGGGUCCCAGCCCGUGGGCGCGGGGCUGCUGCUCUCCUUCUGGCCCGGAGGCCGCCGAUAGGUCACGACAGAAAACUAACCUCGCUGCUCAGCCACCAGCGAGCGGUGAUGUUUUCAAACGAGGGGUUUGCUGUGAACUUGGAAAACGUGUUCAUAAAGAAAAGUGGGAUUGAAUCUCAUUUACAUGCCGAUUCACUGGAUUUUGGACGGACCCCUGACGGUUCCCGCGCCGCUGCAUUCGGUCGCGGGGAAUCCGGAAGGAACAUGGCAGCUCUUGUGUCCUUUCCUGUUGGGUUUUGUGUGUGUGUGUGACUCUUUAAAUCAAGUACUGACUAAGUAUUUAAUACACCUUUUUGAGAUGUUCAGUUUUAACUCUUCAGAAGCCAGCUGCAUCGUGGCAGGAUGAAACAGAAUUGGUUGUUCUCAAAGACUCAGGAUAAACUAAAUAAGCUACAUAGAGUGCAUUUGCAGUGCACGGCACAAAUUGGAAGUAAAACAAGUUACCAGAUGAGUUUACAGGCGCGCGUCGCGUAUGAUUUUUAAAAGGCAGUUUUUAAAUGUGAAUGUGUUUCUUAGUGAAAUUUUACAUUCCUUGGUUUUGGAAGAUUGGCAAUAUUUGAAGAGUUAAAAACUGUGCUGAAAUGUGAAGUUUGGUAGGUCUGAACGUGUUGUACUUGACUGUUUUAUUCUCUCUCCUCUUUCGGGCUGCUCAGAAUUCUCACGGCUCUAAUGACGACCGUUUCCCGGUCUCUCCUGUGCAGGCUUCACGGGUGCGUUCUUGCCAUUGUACGUCCUGGAGGGUCUCCGGGCAGGUGGGCCCCGGGGCGGGGAGGGUGGGGUGGAGGCGCAGAGCUCGCCGACGGAGCAGGCUCGGCCGUCAGUGUUCGCUGCAGGGCCCGUGCCCUCCGCCACCCAGACCGGGCGCUGGGGGUCGGGGUCGGCGUCCGGGGCUGCGGUCGGGUUGCGGUUCCCUCCGCUGGCUGGUAAUGGUGGCGUGCGUUCGUUCGUUCGUUCGUUCGUUCGUUUUAUUUUCAAUGCAAAUGUGAUGUAAUAUUCUUAUUUUCUUUGGAUCAAAGCUGGACUGAAAAUUAUAUUGUGUAAUUAUUUUUGCGUUCUUAAUGUUAUUUGGUACUCGAGUUGUAAGUCACGUCUACUGCUGUGGGUCCCAGUCUCUGCUACCUCAGGUGUACCUAUAGCGUUCUCUUCUACCAAAGCUCACUCUCUCACUGAACCCUGUGUGCCGUGUGACUAUGAUUCCUAAGACUUCCAGGGCUUAAGGGCUGACUUCUAUUAGCACCUUACUAUGUAAGCAAAUGUUACAAAAAAAAAAAUCUCUGGGUUAAGAAAAUUUGGCUUAAGUGUAUCCUUUGUUAUUUUAAAUAUAUCAAGAUAUUUUAAUUAAAAUUUUUACCCCAUUGAACGAAUUUUAUAGUAUUUGUACCUAUUUUGGUGUUUUGUCUUUAUAGUAAAUAAAAGUU